UCAGCAUAACACAAUAGCAAGAAAAACUUGAAGACGACAGAUAGAAUGGGCAUGACUGUCAUCCAGCGAGGUGUGUGGGGUCUACUGCUCUGGCCCUAUAUUCUUACUGUAAGCAUGCCACUAGACUGUAAAGAAGAGCCGGGCAGCCUUACUCGCUGCCCCUCCAUCUCACAAGAGAAACUUCUUGACAGAGUCAUCCAUCAUGCUGAGCUCAUCUACCGUGUCUCAGAAGAAUCGUGUUCUUUAUUUGAAGAGAUGUUCAUCCCACUCCCUUUGCGACUUCAGAGUAACCAGGCUGGCUUUGCAUGUAUCACCAAAACAUUACCGAUCCCCAGCUCCAAAAGUGAAAUUGAACAGAUAUCUGAUAAAUGGUUGCUCCACUCUGUGCUGAUGCUGGUUCAGUCAUGGAUCGAGCCCUUGGUCUACCUGCAGACGACACUGGACCGCUACGAUCAUGCUCCUGAAAUGCUGGUCAACAAGACAAAAUGGGUUUCUGAGAAACUGGUCAGUCUGGAGCAAGGGGUGGUUGCCCUCAUUAAGAAGAUGUUGGAUGAGGGGACGUUUACCACAACCUACAAUGAACAAGGCCUAUUUCAGUAUGAUACUCUGCCAGAUAUGCUGGAAUCUGUUAUGAGAGACUAUACCUUACUCAGCUGCUUUAAAAAGGAUGCUCAUAAGAUGGAGACUUUCCUCAAGCUUCUUAAGUGUCGUCAAGCUGACAAAUUCAACUGUGCAUAAAAUAUAAACUGCAGCUAAUAAAUAAUACAGUGCUUAGCUUUAAAUUAAUUCUUAAGGUUGGUAGUGUGCACUUCAAGAUAUGACCAUGCCUUAGGCGACUCAACCUUGCUUGUAAUGCAGUGCAUUCCUUAUUGAUUGUUUUGGAACACCUUCACACAAAACUAAGUAGAUGUAAUGCUUUGCCCUUUCUUCAACAUACUGCAUUUUAUAUUCUUUCCCUGCUUAGUUGUUAUUUUAACCUUGCAAAGGAAAGAGAGAGCAAACUCCCAAAAGAUUAUUUGUGUGUCGAGUUGUCAAAAAAAUCUGCAUAUCCUGCCAUUGAUUUCCAUUUCCUUUGUUCCUGACUGGGGUUUCUAUUCCUUGCUGGGUCUCGCAGUGUUGUGACAAUUCUCACAGCCCCUAGAGUACUGAGCGAAACUCUCGUUUUUUUAAUGGAGCUGGUUUCACUUCUGCAUCAGAGAAAUGAAACACUUUCACCAAAGAUGGGAGUCAAACAGAGAGCAAUCACUAUUAAAAAAAGAGAGAGAUAUUUUUGAUUAGCAAAAGAGCGGAUGAGACGGAGACAAAAUAAAUAACAGUCGAAUUGAAAGCUGGAGCUCUUGAAGGAAACAGGAAUUAUUCUAUGCCUAAAUGUGCAUAAUUUAACAUGGAUCUAACAUAUAUAAAUGAUGUGCCUUAUUCACUUCAAUUGUUCAGGGAAUAAAACAUUUAAAUGUAUAUUCUUAGACGUUAUGAAUCCAGAGAAUAAAGAUUACCUUUCUCUUGUGAACAAAAGAACCCGAUAGUGUACUGUCAUAGCUUUUCUGCUGUUCAUUUAAGAAGCCAAUAAAGCAAGACAAAAAGCAUA